CCCAUACCCAACCCAUUAUCAAUGGGUCUACUUGGGUUUGGGUAUAAUUACCCAUGGGUGGGUAAUUUGCCAUCCCUAACAUCAAGGCUUUCCAUCCAAUUAGGGUUUCAAUUCUGGGUGUCUUGGAGAAGUAGUAAGAUCUGCUUGGAUAAUGGAUACUAAUAGAAUUAGCCAGACUUGGUAAUUCAAGCUUUGAUCAUGAUUGUACUAAGAUUUUUCUGUAGCUAACACAAAGUAGUUCAACAACUUGUUUUGCUUUAAUAAACCUGUAAUAGACUUGUUGUAUAUCCCCAAUUUAGGGAUUACCAUGAGCUCUUAAUGAAAUUAUUGAAACCAAUCUUGAGGCCACUUGAUUUUGAGAUCAACGUACGGCUGGUUUUGGGUAAUCUUAUAUAUAUUAUAUAUAUAACAUGUCCCUCCCUGCACUGCAGCCCGCAUCUGCAUGCCUGUGCUGCUGGAAUUCGCACGAUUUCAUGCAUCCAGAAUUCCUCCCUUCAAUCAACGCAUGGGACAUCAUAUUACCACAGAGAGAGAGAGAGAGAAUGACUGAUCAAUGCAAGGGCAGAGCAACCUUUUGCCUUCCAGCCCAAUCUAUACGUAUAAGUAGCGUGAAAGUCACCUCAUCAUCACUUUACUAUACAUCUUAUUUAUGAAAAAAAAGGAGCCACUUUCUUGACUUCCAGACAAUUAUACGGAUUCAACAAACGUACGUAACAACGCCAUUGAUACGAAGAGCAGCAUGUGGUCAAAAGGACGCCGCUAGCUAAUACGAUGAUGGUGGUGAAUUGGCUGGCGAUGGUGACAAUUCAAUUCUGUUUCCCAAGUAUUAUAACCAGAGGACUACACGUGUAAGGAACCCAGAGAGGACACAUAUGUUUGUAUCUGGGGUAAUUUCCCGCCCCCCAGCUUUCCCAACUGUGUGUAAAAAGACAUUGUGAAAACGAUGGGUCGAUUUCGUAUGACUGUUCAUCAUUCUGUCGGCCGAGAUACAUAGAUAUGCUUUGCUGGCAGGGUAGGCUGGCUCUUCUGGUACUGCAAAUUUGCAGUGUCUUCUUUAGAACCGGAGGGACUAUUGGGUGUGUGGCUGGCUCCUCUUCACAUAUGAACGGUUUGGGUGCCUAAAACGAUUGAUCAAUGUCUUCUUUUCCCCUUCCUUCCACCGUUUCAAUGCUAAAAAAGCAUAAUGGCUUUUGCUCUAUCCGUUCCUCUCCCCGAUGGUAAAUUCAAUCCUGUUUUUGUCGAGUAUUAUGAUGCUUGUAAGACCGACAUUAUCCGAUUUAUAAUAGCAUAGAAUGGAGCAUGACUAUGAGCUGGUGAUCACGACAUGGAGAAGGGGAUCAUGACCGAGAACAAAGGCUGCGAACUCAAGGCGAAGAUCGCGGCCUCAGAGCCCAAGAUUGCGGCCGCGAAUCUGCUGGAGGUUUCGUGCGCGGACUUCAUGAAGAAGCCAGUCGGUCGUGGAGAAGCAGAGAGUUUUUCCCAGUCCGAUCACGACUACAGUUCACAUCGACCGCGAGGAAAUUCGCAAGCCGCGCUUCACGCAUCGCGCGACCGUGAAACUCCAUCAAGAAAUUACAAUAAUAUUAUCCUCCGUCUUUUUCUCUCUUUUUCGCCACAUCUACUCAAUGGUUGCCGAUCACAUACGACCAAUCCACUGACGUCAAACGUCUGUCUGUAAGCACCUUCUCACACAAAUGACGUGCGAGCACCAUAAUCGGGUUGGUCAAUUGGUGUGAUAAGAAAAAACUGGUUUAAUUAAUGCAGUAAAAGACAAGCUAUAUAUCAAGUAACCAACAUGAACAAAAUUCUUCCUGUUUGCUGUCCUUGCCCGGCAAAAGAAAAAAUCGUUAUUAAUGCAAUGGGUCAGUCUAAUAUCACAUCACAUUCACACCCUCAAAACAGAGAGUCUAACUUGGAUUAAAUCGAUGUAGAAGAAAGAAGUAGGGUUGCCAACUGUGGGCUCUGUUUUCUGUUUGAUUAGCCUGGUUCCGCUGUACUGUAGUGUUUGCUGGGUAAUUGAAAUUUGGGCAACAAUUCUCAAAGUCGCCAUCAAUUAUUCCACUGUGUUCUUUCUUUUCUUUCUAGUCCUUUUUACUGGCACUGUUGAUACGUUGAAAGGUACAACAGCCUUUUGCAUGCCACACAGUCAUACCAACGAUUUCAUAAUAGUAAUAAUAAUAAUGCUUGGAGAAAAAUCGCUUUUUUCUGCUGGUCCACAAAGAUCUUUUCCUCUAUUUAUUCAAACAUAGGAUUUGUAAUUUUGUGCAACUUAUUUUAGUUGAGUCAUUGGUAAUAUUGAUGGAGGUUUAUCUUGGUGAUGCCGAUAAUCUUUGAUUAUAGAAGAAAAAUAAACAAGAAACCACAUUUUCAUUUUCUUUUGUUAUAAGGAAUUUGUAGCUUGCAAAUGGUUGAUAAUACAUUUCUAUAAGCUUAGAUAAAUGGGUUUGCAAGUUGAAAUUUAUCUUUUGAGAUAGCAACAACUAAGUGUCACUAAAUUGUGUUAGGUAUUAAGUUUAUAUAUUAAAGCCUCAUACUCACUGUUAGACAAUAUUUCAGUGAUCAACGGCAAUGACACAAACAACAUUUCCAAUGGGUACAGUAUAUUGUGAAACCAAUAUACUGUGCAUUGUUUGAGUGUCACCAAAUAACGUUUCGUAUUUAAAAAAUUUGUAUAUCUAAACUAAGAACGUGCAUAGAAAUAAUCUAAUUUCUCUUAUACAUUCAAGAGAAAAGACCAAAUUAAUAGUAAAGAAAUCAUUCACAAAACAUAAGUGGGUCCAUUGAACGGAUAUCCAUCAUUGUCACCUCAUAAUCAUCAUUUUGACCAAGAGAUUUACGUAAAAAAAUAUUUCAAUCUCUGAUUGCAAUGCAAUGAAUAAGAAAAUAAUUGGAAUCGUACAUAAAUCAUUUAUGAUCUUGAAUUUUAGGGUUUAGGAUUAUGGUUUAGAGCUUAGAGUUUAGGAUAUAGGGUGUACAAUGACGGAGUUAAAAAUUGAAAUUCGUCGUGUCCCUUGUUCAUAUUAUAAAUGAUUCCACUUGUCGAUUUCGUUUUUAGUGUUAUAAGAUAAUGCAUAGAUUAGCUAUAGUGCUAUGUUAUAUCUGUUGUAAUAUUCAAAUAAUAAGAAGUGAGCUUUAGUGCGGUGGCAACGCUACAAGGAUAUAUGACAUGGAUAAUGUAUAGAUUAGUUGUAGUGCUAUGUUAUAUCAUCGUAUUAUGCUAUUACUAUCAAUUUCAGUUUUAAAUUUGAUUAUUAAGUCUAAUUUUAGACUUGAUUGCAUAGUAGGGAUGUUAGUCGGUUUUGUUCAAUUAUAAUCGUAAAUUUUAUCCGGUUAAUCAUUAAUCAAUUUGUGUUUACCGC